AUGGAUAGGAUGCUUCAGUUCAUGUAUCGAUGUGACUAUCAAAUGCAGCAGGCUUGUCCCACGUUGCCGGAUCCGGAUGCCAGAGAUGAGGAUACAACUUCACAGAGCUCUCCUGUUGCAUCAACCAGUGGCGAGGAGUCUGCUGUCAUCUCGUCCGUGGUAUGGAACGUCAAAGAUGAGCUCAUAGCUCAUACCUACGUCUAUGCUAUUGCGGACUACUACGAAAUGCCAGCAUUACAAGAUCUUGCCGCCUCAAAGUUCGCAGCUGUACAAGAAGGGGCAAAUUUCCUUGGUCCCGAGGGUCUCAUCGAGGUGGCGUCCAUUGUCUAUGCAAACACCRCCGCCGAGGCUACCGACCUGCGCCAUCAGAUGUUUUGGCUGGUAUGGGAUAAUCAAUGGUCCUCAUUCGAGUCUCAACUCUUUAUGGAUGCUCUUGCUGCUCGUCCAGAACUGCAAGAGUUUGCUGUAGAGAUAAUCUCAAAAUCCAUCACGAAUCACCGAGCAGACGAUCAGUCUCUCGAAGAGCAGAUUGAGAGCCUGCAAGCCUCUAUCGAUAGGCUUGAACAAUCCGACGAGAUGUACGAAGUAAGCGACCGUUGUCUACGAACGAAAAUCGGAAGUUUGGAGGAAAUCAUCGAUAGGUAUGAGCAAGCCGAAGUCAGAACUAGUAGCUCCAUGGAAGCGCUGGAGAAGGAGCUGAAUUCUAGACGUCGCGAUAUUCAGGAUCUUACUUACUUCGCCGGCAUUGAGCAUUGCCGGAGUUGCGUCUCUGAAGGCAGCCUACCUCGGCAGUUCUCGUACACCUUGAAGACUCGGACUCGUAAUAGGGGUUAUGCUGCAAUCUGCACGGGGUGUAAGAAAAGGCAUACCCGCCCAGAUCAAGCUUGA